UCGUGUGAGGAAAAGCUGUCUCUACAGAGGGGUCCUGUGCUGUGCUGUACCCUGGACAAUGUCCCACUCAUCAGGUCAGUACUGUAUUACACUGUCUGUACCAUGCUGUACUUUACUGUUUCAUUCAUAUUUACCUCUGCACACUAACAGUAGCCAACAGUGCAUAUGUACACCAUACCAGUAAACAACUACAGUUGAAAUCGGAAGUUUACAUACACUUAGGUUGGAGUCAUUAAAACUUGUUUUUCAACCACUCCACAAAUGUCUUGUUAACAAACUAUAGUUUUGGCAAGUCGGUUAGGACAUCUACUUUGUGCAUGACACAAGUAAUUUUUCCAACAAUUGUUUACAGACAGAUUAUUUCACUUAUAAUUCACUGUAUCACAAUUCCAGUGGGUCAGAAGUUUACAUACACUAAGUUGACUGUGCCUUUAAACAGCUUGGAAAAUUCCAGAAAUGAUGUCAUGGCUUUAGAAGCUUCUGAUAGACUAAUUGACAUAAUUUGAGUCAGUUGGAGGUGUACCUGUGGAUUUAUUUCAAGGCCUACCUUCAAACUCAGUGCCUCUUUGCUUGACAUCAUGGGAAAAUCAAAAGAAAUCAGCCAAAAAUUGUAGACCUCCACAAGUCUCGUUCAUCCUUGGGAGCAAUUUCCAAACGCCUGAAGGUAUCAUGUUCAUCUGUACAAAUAAUAGUACGCAAGUAUAAACACCAUGGGACCACGCAGCCGUCAUACCACUCAGGAAGGAGACGCGUUCUGUCUCCUAGAGAUGAACGUACUUUGGUGCGAAAAGUGCAAAUCAAUCCCAGAACAACAGCAAAGGACCUUGUGAAGAUGCUGGAGGAAACAGGUACAAAAGUAUCUAUAUCCACAGUAAACCGAGUCCUAUAUUGACAUAACCUGAAAGGCUGCUCAGCAAGGAAGAAGCCACUGCUCCAAAACCGCCAUAAAAAAGCCAGACUACAGUUUGCAACUGCACAUGGGGACAAAGAUUGUACUUUUUGGAGAAAUGUCCUCUGGUCUGAUGAAACAAAAAUAGAACUGUUUGGCCAUAAUGACCAUUGUUAUGUUUGGAGAAAAAGGGGGUGGCUUGCAAGCCGAAGAACACCAUCCCAACCGUGAAGCACGGGGGUGGCACCAUCAUGCUGUGGGGGUGCUUUGCUGCAGGAGGGACUGGUGCACUUCACAAAAUAGAUGGCAUCACGAGGAAGGAAAAUUAUGUGGAUAUAUUGAAGCAACAUCUCAUGACAUCAGUCAGGAAGUUAAAGCUUGGUCGCAAAUGGGUCUUCCAAAUGGACAAUGACCCCAAGCAUACUUCCAAAGUUGUGGCAAAAUGGCUUAAGGACAACAAAGUCAAGGUAUUGGAGUGGCCAUUACAAAUCCCUGACCUCAAUCCUAUAGAACAUUUGUGGGCAGAACUGAAAAAGCGUGUGUGAGCAAGGAGGCCUACAAACCUGACUCAGUUACACCAGCUCUGUCAGGAGGAAUGGGCCAAAAUGUACCCAACUUAUUGUGGGAAGCUUGUGGAAGGCUACCCGAAACGUUUGACCGAAGUUAAACAAUUUAAAGGCAAUGCUACCAAAUACUAAUUGAGUGUAUGUAAACUUUUGACCCACUGGGAAUGUGAUGAAAGAAAUAUAAGCUGAAAUAAAUCAUUCUCUCUACUAUUAUUCUGACAUUUCACAUUCUUAAAAUAAAGUGGUGAUCCUAACUGACCUAAAACAGGGAAUUGUUACUAGGAUUAAAUGUCAGGAAUUGUGAAAAACUGAGUUUAAAUGUAUUUGGCUAAGGUGUAUGUAAACUUCCAACUUCAACUGUAUGCUACACUAUAUACAACUUGCCCUGUGAGUUGAGCUGCAUGUUGUUUGGUUGAGGUCGAGGUCAUCCAUUGUGUUAAAUAAAUUAUCAAUGCCUCUGCCAUUUACCAUUACAGAAAGAAAGCACAUGGUGUACAUGAAGUGAAUAUACAUAACAGGCAGAAAGGAGAGCAAGGUCUUCAUGGCCUGUGGUUGCUAUCAUUAAAGAUCUCCUAUUGUCUUUUUUUGUCUUUCAUUUUUUCAGCUCUCUCUUUUCCUUCUUAAGUAGCCUGGGUUUCACUAGUCUGGCUAACACCUAACUCUCCUGACUUCAGAGUCUGGGAUGGCUCUUUGAUAUUGUUUGCACAAUGCGUCGAUAAUGAAGGGGGCUGUGCUUUUACUGGUUGGUUCUCCUCUGUGUCUUUCUCACUCAAACACCCACAGCAAAACACAGCCCCUGAGCGCCGCCCCCUUCCAUUACAACUGUUGGAUUUUCAAAUCCAAACGAGAGGUCUAAACUCCCGAGGAAAAAAAACAUUUGAGAAAGCCAAUCUAACCUGUCGCACAAUUUCUGAGCGAAUAUUGCAUUAACAAAUGGCCUCCUUUCCAGACCAGUGUGGUCACAGCUCUCCCUGCUCCGUGAGUCACGUGGGUCUCGUCAGUUAGGCUAAGUUUUCACCCCCUUCAGGUACAGAAUAACAGGAAUAUGUCUACACAAACACAGCUUGUCCUUGGCUGUGGUGUGUGUGUGUGUGUGUGUGUGUGUGUGUGUGUGUGUGUGUGAGAGAGCGAGAUAUGCCCACACUUGCUGGCCUGGCACAGAAAUCCUCUGCUCUCUGGCAGGAAGUGAAACAUUUUGUUUUGUUUAGUGGAUCCUCUGUGAACCUUUGAAGCGUCACAAUGCUGACUUGAAAAAUGUCAACAAGAAGUGUUAUGCUCGAUGUCGACUAGUCACUUUGUAUGGGUGACCUUUUACGGAGGCUUUAGUCUGUGGGUGGGUGACUGGGAUUCCGUGCACUGGUCACUGUUUUGUGCUGUGAAAAGUUUUUCUAAGUGAGAUAGGGUUUUCCCCAUGUUUGGAUUCUCUCAAUGAUCUACACAUGCUCCUUGAUCCAUGGAUGUUUUCCUCAAUAACCUCUUCAAGUCUCCUUCCCCUCAUCUGCACUGAUCUGAAAACACAGGAUAGGUGAAUGAAAUGCGGUGGAGACCUACGGGGACUUUUACAUAUGAGUGCAAACUACGGAAAGAAGAGAUGGAAAGGAAGCCUCUUGAGAGUUUGAUUUUAUUUUAUUUAUUAGGCUCCCCAUUCGCCAACGCCAAUGGCAACAGCUAGUCUUACUGGUGUCCGACACAUAACGAAAAAGACAUUACAGACAAAAUAAUUUACAAUUUACAUACAUUUAAAAACAUUAACAUGUAGUGUGUGUGUAUCUAUCAGUUACAUGUACAUGUCAGUACAUACACACAACAAGUAGGUCACAUGGGGGAGAGGCGUUGUGCCGUGAUGUGUUGCUUUAUUUGUUUUUUUGAAACUAGGUUUGCUGUUCACCUGCGCUAUAUAAGAUGGAAGGGAGCCACACUUACUGCAAUGAAAACAGAGGGAGGGAGGAAUCAGUUGAGAAUACUGAAAUGCAGCCAAUAUUCCCAGCUGUGUGGUCGAGCUUGGCUUCCAAAGAAUCUGCUCACCAUGUUUCCCAUCUACAUGAGGCGGUCUGUUGUCUCUGCCAGGGGAAACAUGGCCGGGUCUAUUUCAGUACCACAGAGUUCAGACACUAACUGAUCCCUCCCUCCCUCUGUUUUCAUUGCAGUAAGUGUGGCACCCUGCCCCCUGAGAGUUGCUUCUUCAGCCUCAUCUGCAGUACCGGAUCCUUCCUGGGUAUGUACCAGUAAAACUCAUGUUUAUUUUGAAUAGGAACAAUGAUGCAUCAUAGGUCCAUUAUCAGCUUGCAGUGUCAUCAUUGUUAAUGCACUGACUGCUCUGAGGCCAGCUAAAAUGAUUUGUAGGGCGGCGGCAAAUUGUUAGAGUUUGGAUUACGAUGCAGAUCGAUGACUACUUCUCUGUUAGCAAUCCACUCACUCAUAUGCAUACCCAGUACGCUGUACGUAACUGUCAGAGAUGUCUGUAGUUCUGUCAUCCUCUUAUACUUUCAUUGUAAAAGUAAAAGAGUUUGCCUCAAUGGGAAUCCCUAAAUGUAGUCGUUAAAGCUAGAUAGUUUGUGUGUAUGUAUUGAUAUGUAGGCUAUGUGUGCCUUUUUAAAACAAAUUGAUGUAGUUCUGUCCUUGAGCUGUUCUUGUCUAUUAAUGUUCUGUAUUAUGUCAUGUUUCAUGUUUUGUGUGGACCCCAGGAAGAGUAGCUGCUGCUUUUGCAACAGCUAAUGGGGAUCCUAAUAAAAUAACAAAAAUACCAAAAGCUCCAGGUCGAUGUUUUUAAAGCUGUGACUAACCAGGUCUCUGUUCCACAAACAUAAGUCUAAGCCCCCCCAUCAUUUGUACUGUAGAUCCAUACAAAACGCGUUUCUCCCAUUCCCAGUUGGAAGUUAGAACAAAGUUAGAAUGGGCUGGUUUUGAAGUGAUUAUUACAUUCUUAUCAAACAGUUCAUUUAAUACCCCCCACGGUUCAGUUUGUUUGAACAGGGCUCUCUUAUGUCGAGUAGCGGUUAGAGGCACUGCUGGGGGGUUGAAUGCAACACAAAGUGCUAGCGAUCACGUACUCAAACACAUGAACAAAGCACACCACCAAAAGCCACAAAGGGAUGGUUUGUUUUUGUUUGAGCACACACACUGUGAGAGCGUUUACUUAACUCUGACACAUGGUGUGGCGUUGCAAUGAGAAGAACGGUAACGUCUGAAACCCCGGCCACAAAGUAGAUCCCUCACUGUGUCCUAACUAGUGAAUUUCCCAAAGAAUCACUUGCAAAUAGGGAUUUUUAACGCAUUAUCCGCUUUAUUAUCACUGUAUUAAAGACAGACGUCUAAACACUCGCUUAGUGGUGAGAUGGACACCAGAUGUGAACGCUACCUAUUUCCAUCCAAUGGAUUUUUGCGAAAACAGUUUGCUGCUCUUGAAAGUGUUGUACGGCUGCAGCGAAGCCUUUACUGGCCAGUUUGGUACAGAGCCAUUAGGAAUCUGCACACAAUGUGAUUUCCAGUUCUUAACAACUCAGCAGAGACGGCACAUCUUGGCCUAGUGUUGUGCACAUUCUAUCUGCUUUUCCAUCUUGCAACUCAACGUCCAAGAGUGUACUACUCCCUACUCUGCAAGAGGUACAUGUAGAGUGUUGUUUGUUGUCGCUUCCAUGCUCUAGCAGAUUUGUUAGUGAACCGUCACCAGAUGAGUGGUUCUCUCUGCUUGAUAGAUAGGUGAAAAUGUAAAUGUUUGUUUUGUUUCUCCUCCCUCCCCCAGUGAUGUUGAUAGGGCUGCUGCGGUAUGCCCACGUCAUAGAGAAGCACCAGAACUGUGUCCUUAAUACGGCCGGCCUGUCCACUUGCUGGAUCUGUGCUGCAGGACUCAUUAUGGUGGGCAACUUCCAGGUAAGAACAGAACUGACGUCAGUCCCACAGUGGAGCAUCUCUCUCACUAAAUGGCUCUUGUGAAGUGUUUGAGGAAGGUGGAAUGUGCUCAACUGUUAGAGGCCUGUGUUCAGGUUUGACCACUGUAUAGGCUGUGUAGGCUACUGGUGUGGUCGAUAGUAACAAGAUGCAACUCCACAUUUCUUAACUAAGACAGUAUGUCCAUUGUUUGUAUGAUUGCAUAAGAUUUUACUACAGUAUUACAUACAUUUAAAAUAACUGUUCACUGUCUUUAGCCUGUGGGAUUUUCACUACAUCCGGGCAUUGUAAAUCACAAUGACUUUGAAGCCGUGCAAGGUGUUUGAUGUUCCCAGUAAGGUGGAGUUCCCUCAGAUGUGGCCUAGUAACUCUGAGGUGGGCAUUUGUCAUUUAAAUUACACUAUAGGGGCUUGGGAAUAAGAUGACAUUGCUAAAGUAGGCACAUAGUUAGUAGGAAACAACUUUGCCAUCAUCAUCAUGUUGUCAAAUUCUAUUUAGACAUGGCAAUGUUGUCAUUAGCUGGCAAAGUUAAUUCAAAAUAGCUAGCAAUGCUAAUGUUAGCUAGCUAAAAUCUGGAGGUCUCCCCUCAAUCUUAGCAGCUAGCUAACGUUAUACUGCAUCUAAAGUCAAUCUGGCGACAUCAAAAUGAUGACAAAAGUUUUCCCUACUAAUUAUUUGCCUUUUCUAGAAAUGUCAUAGUGUUCUCAAGCCACAGUAAUACACUUUAGACUAAAUCUUCAUCAGCCCCCAAUGAGGAUGCAUUAAGUAGAAUGCUCAGUUGGGCAUCAGUCCUAAAACAAACCUUCAAAAAAAUAUUGUGACACAACAUGCAAUCCAUGAAUAGAGGACUGCUUCUUCUGGGGAGAGCCAAUAUGGCUGACCAGUGGCUUCAAUGCCUCUCAUUGGCCAAUGCAUAGCAUCAGUAAACCAGGGUUUGUAUACAUCAUUGGUAUCGUCCCUACUGCCUGGAGCUCCAGCUCUGUGAACUCUGGGUGCUCCACAGUCUGGCUUAGGGUGUGGUCUCGUUCAGUAACACAUUGUCCUGGUGUGGUCUUUCAGCGUGUCUGAUCUCAAUCUCCCCCACAGGCACUCAUCUCUUUGUAGGACUUCCAAACACAUCCCUAUUGAUAUUCUUAGAUAUUGUCAGUUUUAGGCAGGCUUCUGGAAAGGCCUCUGGUAAGGUCUUGCAAAUAGGAGGUUUUGGCAAGCUGCUGUGUUCCUGUACUCAGUAGGAUUCUGGAGGUCAAUCUCAGGACUUGGGCUCUUUUGACAGGAGGGAGUUGUCCUUAUUCUGCCUAGUGCCCUGAAGAAGAGGACCAUUCCUUGGAAAAUGAGACCCAUCCCACGUGGCUAUGGCAACCAAGCAUAUAUUGCAGUGAACAUAGUCUUCUGGAGUUUUCUUGCUCCUCAAACUACUUGCCAAUAGCCAGACAGUGUACACUACUGUACCUUCUUUUAAGCCACAAUGUCUGCCUUUUGUAGCCAUGAAGUAAUACAGACAUUCUGAAUGCAGAUUUAGAUAGGAGAGUUUAUUUUGAUCACAAUCACACUCUGUUCCCAGGGUUCUGAGAUGUUGUACAUGUGCUGAAUGUGAUGGAUAGGAGAGUGACUGGUCGACAGUGUUCGUGAUGUACAAAUCUCAUAGAGCGGUGACUCCAGUCACACACACACACACACACACACACACACACACACACACACACACACACACACACACACACACACUGUGAUAAAGAUAUUUUUACAGCAUGUGAGCAGACUUCGGUCUCCUAAUUGUGGUAGAGUGAGAUGAGCAUCUGUGUUUAGUCUAUAGUAUUGUACAGUGGUUUGUUAACUUUGGCUCCUAGCCAGGAAUAUUUAAAGACCCUUUGCAGUCAAAAACGUUAUUUUCCCGCAUUUUAUAUAUAUUCCCACAAUAUGAGGUUGGAAUAAUACUGUGAAAUUGUGAAAAUGAUGAUAAUGCCCUUUUAGUGUAAGAGCUGUUUGACAGCACCAUGCAGUAAAUUAGUUGAUAGACCAAUAAGAAAGGGAAUUCCAAACCGCAACGCCAAUAACAGAUAGUUUUAAGUUUUCUCCUCCCCACUCAGACCACUCCCAGACAGUAAUAGCAAAAUUCUUGCUUGAAAGAUUGCUCUUUGCAAAGAAGCUAUAUAUUAUUUUAUUUUUUAAAUUGAAAACAAUCACAGUAAGGAACUUCAUUGUUACCCAGAAAUGAUUUGAUGUUGAGAUAAAAACAGCUGCAUUGCACCUUUAAGUGACAGUAUUUUUGUGUGGGCAUGUGCAGAGACAGGUCAGCAACAACAGCUCUCACAAAAUCUGGUCGUAAAAUCCUCACCUUUUCACCACACUUGGGGUGCACCUGGUCAGUCUAUGUCAUGGAAAGAGCAGGUGUUCUUAAUGUUUUGUGCGUACCCAUGAGGGUUGAAAUUGUUUGAACACCACUGUUUGUCCCAGUGCAAACAAGGCUAAAGCCAUAGUGGAUGUGAGGAACUACUUCAGCACUUUGACAUAUCACCCAGUGUUUGUGGAUGGGAUACACAUACACAGGAAGUUUAAGUAUAGCAGGAAUCCCUUCACAAGAGUGACUGUUAUCCAGUUCAGAAACAACUCCCAGCUCCUUCUGCCCUAGGCACAUUUGAGAGGAUUAGAUACACUUAAUGUCAUACAGUAGGAGCUAGGAGUCUGUUUGGUACUGGACAUAGGCUACUGUAGAAUCUAUAAAGUAGCUCACGUCACAAAAAUGUGGACAACCCUACUGUAGAUCUUUUUCCAGGUGGUUAGUGAAGGCAGACUGUUCCCAAGCUAAAGGAAACUCAUGAACUCUAGAAUGUCAUGAACUCUAGACCUGGUGCAUGUUCCCCACCCUGUGAUUAUGGAGUCUGAACAUCUCUACCACCUCGGCCUAUCAUACAGUUGACCUUACUGUGUUUGUGUAAUCAUAAUACUAAAGAGGAUUCUCAUAGGUCAAUACAGGGGAAUACUGUACAAUGUAUUUUGUCCUGAUCUUUAGGGGUAACAAUGAAGCAGUGAAACUAUUACUAUUCUCUGUAUUCUUAUUUAAUUUUUUUCCUUGACAUGGUCAAAUAACAAGCAUAGAUUGGUCACUUUUUUUCUAAUUUAGCACACAGAAACUUUAAUUUGGUCAAAAAAUAAUGGCACCAAGUGGCCUAUAGGUGGUGCUGUUAUAAGCAGUCUUACUUAAACACUCAUAUCUGUUACAUUUUUACAUUUGAGUCAUUUAGCAGAUGCUCUUAUCCAGAGCGACUUACAGUUAGUGAGUGCAUACAUUUUUUCAUACUGGAGCUAGGAGUUACCCCUAGGGACUUGAACUUUGCAUGUAGGUGCUUUUCCUCAUGCUGAACAAAUUUGCCUCAAGGACCCAUAAGGUCUGUCAGGAUAGAUUUUCCUCCAUCUUGUAGCCCAUGGUACAUCUCUUAACUUAGUUUGAGAAAGGCUAAGGGAUUGUUUAAGAGAUGGCUGAGUUAUUGAUAAAUCAGGAAUUCAGAUUUUAUGUGUCCAUUUAAAUCCUUCGUAAAUCCACUCCACAAUGGCCUAACAGGUUCAUCAAAGUUAUUACCAUGAUGAACCAUGUUAAGUUUGACAUUGAUAUCUUAAAAAAUAAGGAAACUAGUAACAAUUCACUUUUUUGACUAUGUAAUGCUAAUGCUUAAAAUAAUAAUAAUACAUCUUCUCAUGGACUAAAAGUCAGAUUCACUCCAAAUGUAGUCUUUGGACACAUUACAUUUUACAUUUUUUUACAUUUUAGUCAUUUAGCAGACGCUCUUAUCCAGAGCGACUUACAGGAGCAAUUAGGGUUAAGUGCCUUGCUCAAGGGUCGCUAAAUAGUCGCUAAAUAGUUAAAUAGUUUAACUAAAUAGUUUGAGAAAAUAACAUUGAUGCAUUCAAAGAUGGCCACACUAUACCAGUAAAUGCCAAGUAGCACAUGGCUGAGUUAUUGACACGUAAAAAAAACUGAUUUUAUGUGUCCAUUUAAACCACUGUAAAUCCACUCCAUAUUGGCCUAUUAACUUUAAACUUGUCAUCGCUAUCAGGGACGUCACUAAGAUGAACCACACUAAAUUUGGUAUUGAUAUAAAAAAAAAAAUCAAAGAAACUGUUAACAACUCAUUCUUUGCAUAUGUAACGCUAAUGCUCAAGAAAAAAAAAUCAUCAAAAUCAUCUGCAAUCAUCUUCUCCUUAUGAACCAUACAUCAGAUUCACUCCAUAUUUUGUAUUUAGACUCAUUACAUCAGUCUUUAAUGGUUUUGAGAUUGUUGCUGCAUUCAAUAUAUAGAAACUCAAUAGAUUAAGUAAUGACUUUAAGAAUGAUUACCUGCUGCAUUCAAAUAUAACAACCUACAGCACUUGCGUCAUCCUUGUGGUAUUGAGAGAUAAACAUGGUAAUGCUUUCACUGAUUGCACAUAAAGGAAGAUAGUUCCUACAUGAUAGAGUACUUGCUUUGUUAUCCAACUGAUCUUGUCCUUUCUGUCAUCAUGUGAACCCCGUUCAUUGCUGCUAUUUUUGUAUGGUUAUACUGAAGCUCCUCUGUUUUAGAGUGUUAUUCUGAUCCUCCAUUGUUCUCUUUUCCUGGAAACGAGUCAUUUUGUGUUAGGAUCUCAGAUAGAGUAACACUGUUAACAGUGACUAUACUCUCCGCGUAGGAGAACCCUUUGAAUAACCCUUUUUGGUUCCAGGUAGAACCCUUGUGAUUCCAGGUAGAACCCUUUGGGGUUUCAUGUAGAACCUGUUCUACAGCCAAAAGGAUUCUCCCUGGAACCAAAAAGGGUUCUCCAAUAGGGACAGUCGAAGAACUGUUUUGGAACCCUCUUUUCUAAGAGUGUAGUGUUGUUGGGUCAUGCUCACCUAUGCGUGUGUCCGUACGUGCGUUGGAAGUACACGUGCGUCCAUCUAUGUGUCAUAAAUAAACAUUUAUGUAUUUGUGUUGCAGGUGGAUUAUGCCAAAGUGCUUCACUACGUGGGUGCAGGGGUGGCUUUUCCCACCAGUAUACUGUUUGUGUGUCUGCAGUCAGCCCUGACCUACCGGCUGGCGAAGACCCAGAGGGAGUACAACGUGGGCCACCUUCGACUGGGGAUGAGCCUGCUAGCCUUCAUCACCCUGGUCCUCAGUAUCCUUUACACUGGUCGUCACUGUAAGAGAGAGACAGUCAGAGAGACAUGAAGGAAGUACUUAUGUGUUACAUGGCCCCCUGCUGGAUAAAGACAUAUUUUGCAUACAUGCUGUUGAUAUGAGUAUGCAUGUGUGUGUGUGUGUGUGUGUGUGUGUGCGUGUCUGUGUGUUUCCACAUGCUAUCUCUCAGUACUCCCUCUGUCUAGAUAGAAGCUGUUGUUCUCCUUAACCCUCUGUCCCUCCCAGGCGGUGUCUUCUUCAUCCAGGAGAGCUUUGCCCUGCAGCACGCCUCCGCCAUCUUUGAGUGGCUCUUCUGCAUCAUCAUCAUGCUCUUCUUUGGGACCUUUGCCUUUGAGUUUGGGGACAUGUCCGGGGACACCCUGGUGGUGCUGGCCAGAGGAGGGGGUGUCCAGGGCUUCUCCAGCAGUGACCACAAGGCUGAGGAGGCAGGAGGGCCCAACCACCACUACCAACCAGAUGGCAUAGCCAUGCUGUAG